GACCUGGAUUACAGUGGUUUUUCCUGUUAAGUUCUUCUUUGUGGCGGUGCUUUUCCGCUUCUCGCAGUAUUUAUAUUAACUUCAUUGCCAGAGACAAACUUUAUCAGUUCAUCCCAACUGAGAAUUCAGAUCAGACAACGAAAUCACUGCUGAAGAGAAGCUGAGUAAGGAUGGCAAAGCUCGCUGUGUUUGUCUCUGUACUGUUGCUGCUGGUGUUGGCGCUGGUGGAGCAGAGUGAAAGCAGUCAAGUGAAGGUUUGCUGCACACAGUACAAUGAAAACCCAAUCCCAUUCAAAAAGUUGAGAUACUACGUAGUCCAGGACAGCAAUUUCUGCAACAUCAAGGCAAUAAUCUUUGUAACAGUGAAAAACAAACUUGUAUGUGUGAACCCUGACUCGAUGUGGGUGAAACGUGCCAUGGAGUUUGUGCCAGAAAAAAAAAUGCCGGGCAGCCUCUACACUAAUGGACCAUAAAGACACAAAGUCGCACAAGAUGAAUUUAAUGUAUCAUUUUAACGUCAAAGAAUUUAAUAUUUUUGUAUUUCUUUAAAUAUACCAUUUUAAAGCCAAUAAAUUGAAUAUUUUUUA